GGGGACUGGGGUGGUAGGGAGCCUUUGGGUGUGGAGUACAGAGGAGUUGGGACUGACCACAGCAGGGGAUAGCGUAACCAUUCACCAUGACGGACCAGCAGGCAGAAGCCCGGUCCUUCCUCAGCGAGGAAAUGAUCGCUGAGUUCAAAGCCGCCUUCGACAUGUUUGAUGCUGAUGGUGGUGGAGACAUCAGCACCAAGGAACUGGGCACAGUGAUGCGGAUGUUGGGCCAGACACCCACCAAAGAGGAGCUGGAUGCCAUCAUAGAGGAGGUGGAUGAAGAUGGCAGUGGCACCAUCGACUUUGAAGAGUUCUUGGUCAUGAUGGUGAGACAGAUGAAAGAGGAUGCGAAAGGAAAGACUGAGGAGGAGCUGGCUGAGUGUUUCCGUAUCUUCGACAGGAAUGCCGAUGGCUAUAUUGAUGCUGAGGAGCUAGUGGAGAUCUUCCGGGCUUCUGGAGAGCACGUGACAGAUGAAGAGAUCGAGUCCUUAAUGAAGGAUGGAGACAAGAACAACGAUGGCAGAAUUGAUUUUGAUGGUGAGGGUGGAGGAUGCCACCGGGAAGAGACAGAAGAAGGGCGGGGAAAGUGGGGAGGGGAGGAGUUGGGGAGUGGCAGGGAGGGAGAGGAAUUGAAUAGGCAUGUUCUAAGGGUGGGGCUUUGGGAGGGGCAGAGCUCCCAGUCUCUGCUUCCAGUCUUAGCCCUGCCCCACCAACUUGCUACAUAGCCCUGGAUGUCAUUUUCUUUCUUCAGGCCCAUUUUUGUUUUUUUGCAAAUUGAGGGGUUUGACAUCAUUUCUAAGGUCCCUUCCAGUGGUGAUACACUGUAACAUACAUACAUCAAUAAGCAAACAUUUUCACUGAAACUUACUAAGGCAGGGAGGGUGCGACUUUGUCCUGGGGCAGAGGUACAAAGAUGAAAAUAGUCUCGUCCCUCAAGGAGCUUCCAGUCUAGAAUUGGGUCCCAGAGGGAUGUAGUGUGAAGGGUAUUGCAUUUGAAGUCAGAUAAUGUGAGCCUGAGCUGGGCACUGUCACUUAUUAUCUAAACACCCUAGUUUUUCUAUGAACUGAAAGACUUAAGAGUCCUUUGUCUCUGAGUUCCUUUCCAGGUCUAAAUUGUGUGAAUCAAUAAACCUGGCAAGCCAUGCCUGUGUGGGCAUUGCAAUCCAGGUCUGUGGCCUUCCCCCCAACUCUGUGGUCCCACCCAUACCUUUUCUGAUUUCUUCUCCUCUCCCCUUUCUUCUUGCAGAGUUCCUGAAGAUGAUGGAGGGUGUGCAGUAAGAAUCCAGCACAGCUCAGUCUUGUUUUGCCCCGCCCUGCCCUUCACCCCAGGGGUUCAAUCUGAGAUUCUACUGGCUCCCACCUCCCUGAGACCAUCCAGGACUGUUCCUCCCUCCCCACAGUCCUCUGCUGCCCUGUCCCUCCCUCGUGUGAUAUUCCCCUCCCCUCCCUCUCCCUCUCCCGGGCUAGCAACGUGUAAAUGUCACUAAUAAAGGAAAAAAAAGAUUUC